UACAAGCUAAUUAAGAAUCCAAAAACAUGUCUUCUUCCGACCAAGCCUCAACCUCUGCGACGGCGACCACAACGAAAAGGAUGAUAAUACUACGUAGCAACGAGGGGGAGAAGUUCGAGAUGGAAGAAUCGAUCGCAGUGAAAGAGUCAGAGACCAUCAAGAACUCUCUCCUCGGCUCCUCCUCCGUUGACAACUCUCAGCCUCACACGGUUCCUCUCCCCAACGUCGACGCUCCCACCCUCGCCAGAGUCAUCGAGUUCUGGAGCCAUCGCAACGGCGAGUGGACGUCCGAUGAAGAGAAGAACAGGUGGGAGUCUGAGUUUGUGGAGGGGAUGGAGAGGGAGGAGAUGUUGAGGGUGGUGAUGGCCGCCAACUAUUUGGACUCCCGGGCUCUCUUCGAGGUCACGUGCCAGGCUUUCGCGGACAUCAUCAAGAACAUGACCGUGGACGAGGUGAGAGAUUAUUUUGAGAUCGUUGGGGAUUACACGGCGGAAGAGGAGGCUGAAAUUAAACAGGGCUGAGGACCCAGGGGCGUCCAAGAGAACCGCGACAUUAUUAAUUAGUUCAGUUUGCCGCGUUUAAAGUUUUAUCAGUUAGUUAGCACAGUUUGCAAUUUUUUUUUUUUUUUGAAUUAGGGUUUAGGCUGCUAGUAUUAUAUUUUGGGAUUGAAGAUUCUUAAACGUA